AUGAGCGGAUUUAUACAUUACAAAAUAGAAACAACAAACUAAGGAAUGGAUAAUUACUCAAAUUAGAGAAAUGUUACUUAUUAAUAAUCGACGAUAUUGACUGAAGAUUAUAAAUUAAAAUCGAAUCCCAUCACUCAGGAGUAUAUAUAAUUGUCAGAUUAAACAUCAUUUUAAAAGAUUAUUGAAACCAAAGACAGGGAAAUUGCAAAUCUAAGAGAAAGUGUGAAUUCAUAGAACAACUAAAUAUCUGAUUUAAUGAAAGAAUUAGAUUAAUGGAAAAAUAAGUAUAAAUAAUUGCAAGCUGAAAAAGGAACUAGUAGAAUUACAACAGUUUAUUAGGGCAACGAUAUAGAAAUUAAUUAAUACAAAGAUGAGAUCAAUAAGCUUAGAUAAGAAAAUAGUGAAUAUAAGUUUAGGCUUGAACAAAAUGUAAAUGUUGCAUCAAAUGAUUACGAAGUCAAUUCAUUAAAAAUGCAGAUUAAAUAAAUGGAAGAAUAAUUAAAGAAAACAACCUAUGUUACAUCGAUCCCAAAUUCAGAAAUCACUUAAUUGAAAGAUCAAAUCAAAUAAUUAAUUGCAGAAAAGGAAUUAAAUUAACAAUAACAACAAUAAUUACAAUAAUAACAACAACAAUAAUCAUAAAUUUCAAUACAAUAGUCAAAAAUGCAAAUACAAUAAGGCAGCUCAAAAAUAACUUUUGGUUCAGAUUUAGAUUAAUUUAGAAAUGAAAGAGAUGACUAUAAAAGAAAAAUCAAAUUAUUAGAGGAUAAGAUUCAAGAACAAUAAUAAGAAAUAAAAAGAUUGAAUUUCAAUUGUGAAUCCUACAUGUAAGAAGUGUAAUAAUUCUCUAUCAGAUCUACUAAUAAAAACUAAAAUUUUGAAAUCUAAGGAUAUUUAUAAAGAAUAUCUGCUUUGCAACAUGAAGUCUUGGUUUGGUAAGAUCGUUAUAAGGCUGUAUCAACUCAAGAACAAGUAUUAACCUUUGAACAAAAGAUUAGGGAAAAAGAUAUUUAAAUUACACAAUUGUAAGAAAGACUUAAGCAAUUUGAAGUCUAAGUGGGCUAAUUAAAAUUGGAGGUAGACAAAUCCAAAAAAGAAAUCAAUGGAUAUAAAAUUAGUUUUGAAGGCAAAAAAACAGAAAUAUAAGAGGUUGAGAUCUUAAAAAACAAAAUUAUUGAAAUGGAAUAAGAUAUUUUGAUAUUGAUUCAAGAUUUAAAUGAAAGAGAUUAAAGAAUCAGUUCUACUUAGAAUGAAUAUUAAGAGGAAAUUAAAAUAAUAAGAAAUUAGCAGCAAACUGAAUAUCAAUUGUAAUUGAAUUAAUUGAGAGAAGAAAAAGAAAAAUAUCAAUAAGAUUAUGAAAGAUUAUCAAAUGAAUUUAUGAUUUUUUAGAGGCAAAGUGAAUAAUAAAAAGGCAGUUCUUUUGAAAUUGAUUCUUUGAGAUAAAGGAUUGUGGAAUUAGAAUACUAAUUGAAAAACUCAAACUAAUAAUAUUAAAUUCUUUAGACUUAGUUUUAACAAUAAUAAUCAUCGUCAUAAAGUUAAUAUGAAUUGACAAGUAUUAAGGAAGAGAUUAUUUAAUCUGAAAUAUAAUCUUAUAAGGAUCUCAUAAAGAAAUAUUAAAGUGAUCAAGAGGAAUUAUAUUAAGAAAAUUUAUAUUUAAAAUCUUAAAAGUCACAAAUAGAGAAAAAUACUCAUCAAUUCACUAGUAUCUAAAGUGAAUAUCAAGUGAUACAAGAGCGAUGCAAUAAAUAUUAGAAUGAGAUCUAAUUGUUGAAUGAGUAAAUUAGAAAAUAUAGAAAUGAUUAUGAAUCCUUAAAUUAAAAUUACUUGCUUAUAUAGAGAGAAAGUGAAAUGAAAUACUCAACUUAAAAUAACAAAGAGAAUGAAGUACUAAAAUAAAGGAUUAAUCAAUAUGAAUAACGUAUAUACUAAUAUGAAUCUUAAAUAUAAUAAUUAAGGACAUAGCUACAAAAUCAAGAAUCAUAAUUUGAGAUAUCAUUUAAGGAGAGAUUGAGAGUGGAGAUGCAAAUUGUUGAAUAGAGAGUGAAUUCAUAAGGACUAUUAGAAUUAUCAUAAUAAUAAUAAAAGUAUAGAUAAUUGUAAAGUCAAUAUGAUCAAUUACAAAUCAAAUAUUAGGAUUCAACCAGCGAAUUGAGAUAAAUUAAGGAAUAGUUUACAAAACAAAGUCAAUUCGAGAGUUAGAAUUUAAGAGAUUAAUUGUAAUAAUUGAGAUAAAUAAACUUAUAAUUGAAUUCAGAAAUAUCAACUUUGAGCGAACAAAGUUUGAAAUACAAGAAUGAAUAUGAAUUAAUAAAUUAAAGAUUUGUUUCUGUUUAAAGAGAAAGUGAAGUAUACAAGAAUAGUUCUCUUCAGAUAGAUAGACUGAGUAGCAGAUUAAGGGAAGUAGAUUAUGAAUUACAAACAAAAAAUUAACAGAUCAAUCAAUUGCAAUUAGAAAUGAGGAAUUUAGAAGUUUAGAUAAGAGAUGAGUUAGAAAAGUAAUUCAUUUAGAGAUUGACCAUAGAAAGAAAGAAUUUAGAGGAUCGUUUAUAACAAUAAGGCAAUUAAGAACUAUAAUAAUUAUCUUAUUAGCUAUAAUAAACACAAAUGGAGUUAAAUCAAUAUAGAUCUAAGUAUUAGUAAAUAGAAUAAUUAUUUAAUUCAACUAAGAUCGAAAUCACUUAGAUAAGAUCUCAAUAAUCAAAUAUUAGUAAUGAAUAAGUAAAAGAAUUUAAAUUAAGAAUUACAGAACUGGAACAUGAAAUAAACACUCUAAACAUAGAAAUUGAGAGAUAAAAAAAUAUAAGAUAAGAAUAAGAGAAUAAAAUUCAAAUUCUAAUCACAAAUAUAACUGAAUAUGAAUCACGUUUGCAUAUUUUAGAAUAAGAAAAUGCAAGAUUGGAAGGUAAGGUCAAAAAAUAAAUUGUUUAUGAAAAACAAAAUGAUUAAUACAUUGUGAGUUAAUUAGGAGGACAAGAGAGUUCUAAGAAGAAUGUCUAAAUUGUAACAAGAUAAUCUGAAAUAAAUUAAGUAUCCUAGAUACCUAUAUCUAACAAUUAAUAGAUUGAUAGAUUUUAAUCUUCAAAUGAUGUACAGUAUUCUUAGAUUUCAUAAAGAAUAGUUAGUCCUCGAUCUUAAGUUUAAAUCUAUUUAAGUCCUGAUUAUAAUUCUUAAACAUAGAAAGUAAUGACGACAAAAAACGUGAAAUAGACUAUAAUGUCAUCAGCAUAUUAAGGAUGA